AUGACGGCAGAAGAAGUGAACACAUCGCUGAAUUCUCGCAAUAUAUUUUUUGCAUUAGAAAAAGAAUUGAAUAUUUCGAGCAUGUCGAUUGAAAACAAAAAAGAUCGCUCACAAAAAAGAAAAGUUUUUGGUGAGAAGAAAGUAACAGAAAAAGAAUAUCACGGAAGUAGUGAAACAAUGGAAAGAAUUAAAACGACCAAUCGAUUUCAACAAGCAUUCAGUUAG